AUGGGUGGCGCUAGCAGAGAAGGUGGCAAGGUCAAGCCCUUGAAGGCCGCGAAGAAGGACAAGAAGGAUCUUGACGAUGAGGACCUUGCUUUUAAGGAGAAGCAGCGCGCUGAGGCCAAGGCCAAGAAGGAUCUGCUCGACAAGACCCAGGGCAAGAAGGGUCCUCUGAACACUGGCUCGCAGGGUAUCAAGAAGUCGGGAAAGAAAUAA